AUGCGUUCGCUAAUGGGUUUAAUCAAACCAAACCUAGUGCUCCUAAGGGCCAAGAGAUUUAAUAGUAGCGGGAGUACUAAUCCUGCUAUGAUGUUCCCAUGUUUGGAUAAAAUGGAGCGAGUUUCUGAGGAGUUGAGGACUACAACCGUUGGUACACAGGGACAAAAUGAACCGGUUUACGGUAAAGUUAAAUCUGGAUUUGAAAUCUUCAAAUCUAAUAGACCCUUUUACACUGAUUAUGGUGGUGUUUUGCCUAAUUUUCAAAUUGCAUAUGAAACUUGGGGGACAUUGAAUGAAGAUAAAUCUAAUGCAAUCUUAAUACAUACAGGACUUAGUGCAUCUUCUCAUGCACACUCUACAAAUUUAAAUCAACAGCCAGGGUGGUGGGAAAAAUUUAUUGGACCUGGUAAUGUUUGUCUGGAUACAAACAAAUGGUUUUUGAUCUGUACUAACGUUCUUGGUGGAUGUUAUGGAUCAACUGGGCCUUCUUCACCUGAUCCUGCUGAUGGAUUACCAUACGCUACCCGUUUCCCCAUGCUAAGUGUUCAUGAUAUGGUACGUGCCCAAAAGAGACUGAUUAAUGAACAUUUUGGCAUUGAAAAACUGUAUGCCUCGUUAGGUAGCUCUAUGGGGGGUAUGCAAUCAUUGUCAUAUGCACAACAAUUCCCAAGUGAAGUCAAUAAAGUGAUAAGCGUGAGUGCUUGUGCGAGAUCUCAUCCCUCUAGUAUAGCAAUGAGACAUGCUCAAAGGCAAGUUUUAAUGGGAGAUCCUAAUUGGAAUAGGGGAUUUUACUAUCCAACCGCUGCCGAACCGAAUAAGAUUCCACCUCAUGUAGGGAUGAAAUUGGCUCGUGAGAUUGCCACUGUCACUUAUAGAUCGGGACCUGAAUGGGAAUCCAGAUUUGGUACCGAACGACUAGAUGAUGAAAGAUCACCAGUUCUGUGUCCUGAUUUCUUAAUCGAAACUUAUCUGGACCACCAAGGUGAGAAAUUCUCAUUGGAAUAUGAUGCCAAUUCAUUUUUAUACAUUUCCAAGACGAUGGAUCUUUUUGAUUUGUCAUUAUCUCAUAAAGAGAGAAGUAUUCGUAGGAGGGCCAGAGCUAAGGAAUUGUACGAGAGUGGUACAUUGAAUGAAGCACAAGAUCCAUUACUUGAUAGAACUUCAGAUAAGAAGAGACAUAGAACUAGUACUGUCGAACAAUCCUAUCAAGAUUUGAAACAAGGUUGUAAGCCACUGCUCGACAACGAUGUACUUGUAGUUGGUGUUAAAUCUGAUGGGUUAAUGCCAUGUUGGCAACAAAGGGAAAUUUAUUCGUUGUUGGAUGGCGAUACUAACCCUAACGUAGCACAUGUUGAAUUACAAGAAUCCGAAUCGUACUUUGGUCAUGAUACUUUUCUACUUGAUUUAGAACAUAUUGGUCGUAGUAUUGGCCAAUUUUUAUGUAAAUAA